AUGGCGAGCAAGGUGAACAAGUGGGAGCAGAAGAUUGCGGACGCCAAUCCCAAGCCCGACUACAAGGUGGGCGAGGAGAAGAAGACGUGGAAGACCAACGGUCACUCUGGCGGCGGUCACACCGCGCACGAUGGCAAGUACAAGGCGGCCACCGUCAAAACACCCACCACCUUCGAUAAACCACCACCGCCCAAGAAGAGCCUCACCGACCUGCCCUAG